AUGCAGCUGUUCGUCUUUGCUACACUGGUGGCUGCGGCUGCGGCUGCUCCGCAAAACUACAACGCUAAUCAGUUUGUGAAAUCUGGGCUGCCCGAGAUCCGCAUUCUCAGCCAGAGGUUCGAUCAGGACCCCAACACUGGAAACUACGAGUACAGCUACGAGCAGGACAACGGCCAGGCGCUCGUCUUUGCUACACUGGUGGUUGCGGCUGCGGCUGCGCCGCAAAACUACAACGCUAAUGAGUUCGUGACGUCUGGACUGCCCGAGAUCCGCAUUCUCAGCCAGAGGUUCGAUCAGGAUCCCAACACUGGAAGCUACGAGUACAGCUACGAACAGGACAACGGACAGGCGGUGGCUGAGACAGGUCAGGUGUACCCUGGACCUCAGCCAGAGACAGGCAGCCUCACCCAGCAGGGCAACUACCAGUUCGUGGGCGAUGACGGCAACACCUACCAAGUCAGCUACGUGGCCGACGAGGGAGGCUACCAGCCGCAGGGCGCCCACCUGCCGGUGGCGCCCGCUCAGAUCCCGGAGUAUGAACAGCUGAGGAUUGAACACCCCGAGCUGUUCUGGGCAGAGCAGCAGCAAUACGUCUAGGAAUAUCAGUCGUUUAGGCCGCACUGUGAUAUCGUCAUCAACCCAGAUUAACGUUUGUAGGUGGAGCGCACCACCGAGGGGCUCGCUACAUUUACUUGAGUUUAAUGCCGCCUACGCGAACAAACUCAAGCUUUGCUAAGAAAUGAGAUGAUGAAAGUCAUCUACACAUCCUUUUCUUACAUUCGUGCGGCUCUCUUUCUUGCGGUUGUAUUGUACGCCUACAGACACUAUUGGUGUCUCCUGAAAUGCCGUGAAUGAGUACUGUGUGAUGUCUUUG